UUUGGGUCGGGUGGAGAGGGUAGGGUUGCUACCGCCUUGCGAGGUCCAACGCACUCAAAUCAUGACACCAGCCACCUCUGGACAUUACUUUAGAUAUCUGUGUUGGGCAUCUGCAGUCUAUGGUACUCUUUUAGCUAGGUUUACAUUAAACUUGAACCAUUUCCCAAUCGGGAUAACCAAGGUCUGAUGCAUCGGGUUUAUUCACAAAAUUCUCGUAAUGUUAUAUAAAAUUGCCAUCUACUAGCGUUUACUGUUAUAUAAAACUACCUUUGCAGACAUGUUUGAAACACGAGCUGUUUAGGUCAGUAGAUAACGGGACGACAUCACAGUUACAAAGGGAAAUCUGGCACCAUCUCUGUCGUCGGUCUGCCUGUCCCCGCACCUGGACUGCGAACAAGAUUUUCUCUGCACACAUAACAUUGAAAUAGCCUACUAGGGUUAGUAAUUAAUUCCAAUAAAACCAAACGUUGUGUAGCUAAUAGAUUCUGAGUCAUUUAAUUGACCCAGAUUCAGCAAAUGGAAAUCUGCCUAGCAGAUAACUCGGCGGGAGCGGGAACAGCCUUCUAAUGACAAAAACACCAAACUGAAUUUUCCUUCUCAUCCAGUGGCGUGAAAAGACCGAGAGAAUUCACUCUAAACGACCACCUCGUUACACACGUCAUAUGUUCAGUAUGGAUUAGUGUGAAAUAUAAACCCAGUGUAGCGCUAUGGGUCAGAAUAUAUUUUAUAUCACAGUUUCUACAGGUGAAAUAAAAGCUAGGCAUGUACAUAUCUUCCCUCUUUUAUGAGAGCGUUUUUAAAUAUAAACACUACUCUUUAAACUGGAAGUUAUACUUGAUUUUUCAGGUGUCACAAAAAGUGAACAUUAACAUUUGUCGAUGGAUUUACCACGCUCAAUGCAAGAACGUCUCAGCAAGAAACCGUAAGGCAUGGGAGACUGGACUUUUCUCGGCCGUCUGUUGGAGAACGCGCAGGAGCACUCGACGGUGAUCGGCAAGGUCUGGCUCACCGUCCUGUUCAUCUUCAGGAUCCUGGUGCUGGGGGCGGCGGCCGAAGACGUCUGGGGCGACGAGCAGUCAGACUUCACCUGCAACACGCAGCAGCUGGGCUGCGAGAACGUGUGCUACGACGAGGCUUUCCCCGUCUCGCACAUCCGCUUCUGGGUGCUGCAGAUUAUCUUCGUGUCCACGCCCACGCUCGUCUACCUGGGCCACGUCCUGCACAUCGUCCGCGUGGAGGAGAAGUGCACCGAGGGGGAGGCGCAGCUGCAUGCGGCCAGCGGGCUGCAGGAGGAGAACCGGCUCCCGUUUAGGAGCGCCCGGGGGGCGGAAUCCAGUGGAGUGCGAGGGGGCGGCGAGGGGAAGAAGGAGAAACCACCAAUCAGAGACAAGCAUGGCCAGAUCUGCAUCAGGGGGGCUUUGCUGCGCACCUACGUGUUCAACAUCAUUUUCAAGACGGUGUUUGAGGUGGGGUUCAUCGUAGGUCAGUACUUCCUCUACGGCUUCCGGAUCAGUCCGCUGUAUAAGUGCGCACGGUGGCCCUGUCCAAACGUCGUGGACUGUUUUAUCUCCAGGCCAACCGAAAAGACAAUAUUCAUUGUGUUUAUGCUUGUGGUGGCAUGCUUGUCUCUUUUGCUGAACUUGUUAGAGAUCUAUCACCUUGGAUGGAAAAAGCUCAAACAAGGCAUGGCCCACAAAUACCGCGAGCGUGAGUCUCUGCCCCACGCUGUCGUGACGGCGACAGAGCCCAUAAGCGCUGCCCCGAGAACCGCCCCUCCCACCCACAGUUACCCACCCGACUACACCGAGGUAAUGACGGGCAGGGAGGUAUUCCUGCAGUCCGGGCAGGCCCCCCCCACGGCGGGGUACGAGCUCGACCCACGGCCCGGCGGUCUUCAGGAGCCUUUCCACAUCAACACCAGCAACCAUAGGCUGGCCGCCGAGCAGAACUGGGCCAACCUGGCCACGGAGCAGCAGACCAGGGAGACGAAGGCCAGCGAUCCUGCUCUCUCCUUUUCCUCUGCCUCCUCGGAUAACGAGCGGCGGCCCGGAGGCGCCGGCCGGCCUGCCAACGUCCCCGGCUUGAGUGGUAGCAGCGAGAGGGGUGAGAAGAGGAAGUCACAGGAGGGCCACGUCGUCACCACCGCGCGGAGACGUACCGACAUGUUGACUGACCUCUGACGGCUGAGUAGGGCUAGCAAAGCUAGCGGCGGAAGAGCAAGACAUGACCAUCUGGCUGUUUAGUUACCAUAAUCCCAGAUCUCGGAUUUUUAUAUAUACCACAAAAAAAAAAUAUAUAUAUAUAUAUAAAUUGAAAUUGAAAAGAAUUUUCAUUGGAGGAGAUGAAAAGCAGGUUUUUGGAUGUUAUCUGGGGGUUAUUUAUAAUAAAAUAAAAAGACCUUUGGCAGCUCUGUAGUUGGUGAGUUGUAGUGUUGAGGAAAAGCACUUGAAUGCUGUCUGAUGUUAUGUGGUAUCUGAGUGGAUGGAUAACAGAAGCCUUGUUCAGGUCACAUGUUAAGUGCUUCAGUGUGUCAUAUUUUGCAAUAUGACCUGGCUGUUCACGCAAAAAACAGAUGUGUUCUUGAAAUUUAGUUAUGGGACAAACACUGUCAGGUCAAGCCCUCUGCAACCCUCCUGUUGGCCUUAAUGUCUUAAUGAGGAUUUUAUAUAUAUUGCAUUUUUUCCUUAAGAUAUUCUGUUAACAUAAUCUUGCAUUGCCAUUAGUGCUUUUGGCUUUUCCAUGCUAUUGGAAAAAUUCCUUGUUAUAUGUAAUUAUAGCCUUAUACUAAUGAAUAUGACAAAGUUGUCAUUUGACUGCAUUGUGUAAAUGCUUGCUAGAGUGUCAGUGAAACUAAUCAUGACUUUUAUUACAGAAACCAAGUGCACGUUUUCAUCAGAUGACGGAUACUAGACACGAAGCUGGCAAUUACUAUAUCACAGUGAAUCUGGUAUUGAAUAUGUCUUUACCUUAUCACUGCUUAGAUGGUAAGUGUCAUCACAUAUAAUGUGAUUGUACCUUUCAGCUAUGUUUGACUUACAUAUCGGCGUGAAAAUCGUUGAAUUAGAGUCUCUCUCUUCAAAUUGCUCACCUUCUACAAACACUAUAUAUCUGUCACUCCUGGAGUGUUAAAGGAAACGUAUCACAUAUGAAACAGUGAGACGUAACUGUUUAUUUAAGUAUUAAAAUUGUCAGCUAAAACUGCAUAUAUCAAUAAGGCAUGGUUUGUUUUAUUAUUGUGCUGGAUCUCAACACACAAACGUAAAUCUAAAAACUUCCAGCAUCCGCCUCUACAUUUGGUUCACCCAGAGUGAAAUGACUUUCAAGAAGAACGGUGGAUAUAUUUACACUUUUUCAUUAUCACAUGAUCUUAAAUCAGUUUAAUAUAGAAAGUAAACACUAAUACAGAUGACGUGAGCGGGCAAGUAUUGAUUCCCUUUACUCGGGUGCUAUUUGAAAUUUCUACUGGUUUUAUUUCUAGGUUUCAGUUUUUUUUUUACUGGAGUCAUUUGUUAAUUGGUAAAACUAUGUAUUUGCUUCUGAUGCGUCAGAGAAUACUGUAUUUCUUUCCAGCAGUGAAGUCUAACCCAUCUCUCCUUCCUGUUUAGUUUUAGAGUACAAAACAGUUACAGUUACUGACUGCCACGGCUGUUAGAAGGAAAUCAAUACUCAGUCCUCUGUCAUCUGUCCAGUAAGCUUACAAAACCACACAAAACCUUUGCAAAACAACUAUCCCACCUCCCACCCCACUAAAAGGGCUCCAGAAUGAGCCCACACUAUCCACAGCCUAUAGGGUCACUCUGCCUGUGACAGUACUUCUACAGAAUUUGUAGAUGCAUGUUGUUUGAAUGUGCUGAAAACAAUUUUUUUCUUAUUGUUUACAUUUUAGUAAAUAGAUGACAUUUUACGCUUCUAGGUAAAUCCUGCCGUUCAGUUACGUGUUGGUAGGAAAGAGGAUGUUAAAAUUUAGGUGAAAACCAAGGCCAAACAUUAAAACAUCAACCCAACCAACCGCCAGACCAAGAAACCCAUCUUUGUUUUCGAUGGCAAUAACAUAACUAAUUACUAAUUUUAUGUCACUUGAAAUCUUUCAGAAAAUGGUAGAAAAGUAAAAGCUUCAGGCAUGAGAAACAACUAGAAACAAUGCCAAAACUAACUAAUCUACCAAAUAGAAAAUACCACAACUUAUCCUACCUCCUUAAACAGCAAUGAAAACACAGCGAGACACUCAUUUCCUACUAGUCUCUAGUCUAGUUAAGCCAAACUAGAGACAUCUUAUAGAGACACCAUCCAUGGCAAACUAUAGCAGGAAAUUAGUGGCUCAGCCCCUGUCUUUCAGCAGAUCUGAAUCUAUCAAACUAUAAUGAUUGAGUGAAUGCCACAAUAUAAGCAAUAAUGCUUUGUUUUCCUUGUUAUGUUAGAGUAUAUUGUGGCAUCUCUCUCAUGGUAUAGCAAGUAGUAUUGUGGUAGUUUUGUGGUUCUGUGGCAUUUACGCACUCAUUUCAGUUCUGUUCAGUUAGGCCAU